AUGUUGAAUGGAGUGGCCACUCAGUCAUCACUGUAUGAAAAUCGCGAUGCUUCCGAUGCCAUCGAUGGGAAAAGAAACACACACUAUGAAUCCUGCACCCACACUCUGAAAGACAGAAACCCGUGGUGGAGAGUGGACCUGCUGAAUGUGUACAGAAUAACAGAUGUCACCCUCACCAACAGAGGAGACUGCUGUCCUGAGAGGCUUGAUGGUGCUGAGAUCCGCAUCGGUAACUCAUUGGAGAACAGCGGCAUCAACAACCCCAGAUGUGCCGUCAUCUCCCACAUCCCAGCAGGAGAGUCCCACACCUUCCAGUGCAAUGAGAUGGAGGGUCGCUACGUUGUUGUGGUCAUCCCUGGCAGGUCGGAAUGGCUCACUCUGUGUGAGUUGGAAGUUCAUGGUAUUCCUGCAGUUUCCCAUGUGUAUCAAACAUGGUCCACCACCCAAAGGAAAUCCAGCCAACUUGACACAACUAUGGGAAACAUUGGCAUCAACAUGGAUCAGCAUUCCUGUGGAUCGCUUGCAACCUUGUAG